AUGGAGCAAACAACUCCUGUUGCAGAACGUUGGCUCAGGUUUCAAUACGGCAAUGUUCAUGAUCAGUUACAAAUGUGGAUGAAAGACUUGCCUAUUCAAGAUACUAUUGAAGAUGAAAAAAUGGACAAAAUUCUGAAAUUCCUAGCUGGUUAUCUUUCCUUUGAGAACUGGAACCGGAUCGAAGAUGCCUUGCCGACUCUUACCGAUCAUCGCACCGAGAACGAGAUCAAAGAGACCAAAGAAAGCAUCAUACGGAUUCUUAUCGAAGCCUUUUCAGCCAAAGAGGUCAUCGAGAUGUGUUCCAAAGUGAAAUAUUGGCUGGUGUAG